UUUACCUCAGUCCAUCUGUGAAAAAAUCAUCGAUUUCUCAUAAAAAUCUUUAGAUGUUUUUGAAGGUUAUAAAAGUUAUACGAGGGAUAGCUGAUGACAAAUCCUUGAAAAUAAUGUAACUUUCAAGAUGAUAACAUCCUCAAAAUUUUAGUGACUCUAGUUCUAAAUUUUAAAACCCCAGUAAAAUGGGACAAAGCUAUAGCACAUAUAACACAAAACGUCCCAACGAUAGCACAAAAGAUCCCAACUGCAAUAUUACUGACAACAGAAUAAAAAACUCUGAAUCUAGCAAGCAAACAUCAAGCAAAAAGCAACAUCAAAUAUCAAAUGCUGCUGAUGCCUGCCGUCCAAGGAACUGUCCCAGAACAAAUGAACCACUGAUACGUUGUACUCCUAAGGAACCACCUUGUCCAGAAACUCCUACUCAAGUUGCCCAACAAGCUCCACAAGAUUGUUCCCAAGCCGAAAAAGAGGUCCCAACAAAACCAACAAGAGUAGAAUGCCCACUUAGGGAGUGUCCACCGAAAAGUUCAGCUAGCUUACAACCAGCUAAAGCAGAACAAUACUGUCCUGGUAGCCCUAAACCUGCACCAAUUCGACCACAAGGAGGUCCAUGUGGAGUACCUAAAGCUGCUCGUAGGGGUUUAUCCACUUGGGCGAAACUUGGAUUGGCUGCUAUAGCUCUCUUUAGCGGUUUUGCCAUGUAUAACAUCUAUUUUAGAGAUGACUGUGAAGAUACGUGCACUUGUGGAUGCAAACCUAAGGACGAUGAAUGUUAAUGUCACACGUAACAAUUGACUAAUAUACCACUUUUCAAAAUAAGUAAUAUAUGCAUGGUUCACUGUAUA